CAGCCAUCGGCCCAGCAGCCAUCGGUCCAGCAGCCAUCGGCCCAGCAGCCAUCGUUCCAACAUGCUUCAACACCGCAGUAUACAGCACAUGCUUCGCAGUCGCCGCGACCGCAAGAGGCAGCAUCUCUCUUUGGUAGCGACGAUUCGAGUGAUCUGUUCCGCUCGUCGCACGUCCCGCACCAGCCGUCGCCCGAAGCCAACGCAGUGUCGUCGCCUGCGCACGGAGCCGCCUCGCUCUUUGGCCAUGCGCCGACGAGUGCAUUCUCAGCGCCCAACGUUCUCGCUCAAGCACACAGCGAGCCAUCGCCACCAAAGCCGAUGUCGCCGCAACCGCAAGAAGCCGCGUCUUUGUUUGGUGAUGACGACACGUCGUCCGCAUGGGGCUUGCCCGUAGCUCCGCCGUCUCCAGCCGCGACGCCCGCUCUGGUGACCAAACCGGUCGCCUCGCCCGUGUUCAAGUCGCAGGCGUCACCGCUGCAGCGAUCCGUGACGCCGCCACCAGCGCCGCAUGUCGCGUCGCCUCGACCGCAAGAGGCAUCGUCGCUCUUCAGUGACGCGUCCAGUCUCUUUGGCCCGUCGUCGCCCGUGUCGCAGUUUUCUGCCGCGGCCAAGUCCCCGUCGCCCGUGUCGCAGUUUGUGGCCAGGUCCCCGUCGCCGCGCCCGUUGGAGGCAGCAUCGCUCUUUGGCACAGCGUCGCCUCGGCGCGACGAAGCGUUGUUUGUGACAAAGCCAUCGGCACAAGAGAUGCAACCCGUGCACGAGCCCGCGCCAGUGUCGUCGACCACUUCGCUCUUCUCAAACAACCCGCCAUCGCGAGAGGCCGCGGCGCACUAUCCGUCGUUCUCCGCAGCGUCGCCGCACGCACUUGCAAGUGGCUCGUCGCCGAUGCAGCACGCGGCGCCACCGGCGUACACGCCACCGACAACGGCAUCGUUUGCGCAACCUCGGACGCCGGAGCAUCGGCCGACAUCCAGCACGCUGCCCGGUGGGAAGCAAGGGACGUACUCGCCCGCGAAACCUGCGUACGGCCCGCCCCGUACGCCCGAACUUGGACCGACGACCAACUUGCCGACGCCGAUGUACUCGUCGAAUGGCCAAGCGUCGUCGAGUGUUGUGUCGCAGCCUCAAGCGCUGGGGCAUUCGCCUAAGCAUCUGUCGACGGCACACGCACAGCCGGCUGCGUUUGCCCCACCGGCCGCGACCGACUCGGAAGCGCGGGCGCUCGGAUCGUCGUCGUGGCACCACGUCGCGCCGCCGGUGUACACACCGCCGAAAACGAUGAGUGCGCCACCGCGGACACCCGAGCUUCGAUCGGCGCCUCGAACGCCGGUGCGUGGUGCGCCGUCGGCGGACAGCCCGUCGUUUUCGCUGCCUGCCACGGCAGCGCCGGUGCCGCGGCCGCGCCCCAAGCUUCGACUGAACCUCGAGUCAUCGAUGGACAAGUUGUCAGUGGCGUCGUCGCCGUUGCACCCGGCGUUGCUGCCAACGCCGCCGCGGUCGACAUCGCGCUACGUGCCCUUGUCGCCAGCCAACUCGGUGCGAUCCGACUGCUCGGCGUCGACGGCGGGCGUCUACCAACUCAUGACGCAGUACAAGGCGAUGGCCGAGCGACUCGAGAAGGAAAAAGCCGAGCUCCUCCAGAUCCUCACGCAGCAAGCCGAGCAGUUUUAUGCAAUGCAAGCGUACAUUGAAGAGCUCCAAUCGGCCCGCGACGCGCAACACUAGACAACACCCGAUUCGCUGGAUACACAUGAACGCUUUGCAUGUAUUGC